UACACUUCUGAUUGGGUGAUAGAGGAGCCCUCGCAUACAGGGACAAAAUUUUCGCUCACUGUUUGCAGAUGUGUCUACUAUAAAUACAUGAAAACUGAACCACUAUCGUAAAUUGCAACACCAUUCAAAGUUGUUUUGAAUAGGAUCAAAAUGGGAAGCUUGCAAGAACCCAGUGCUUUGACAGCCAGACUGCAGAACACUCUCAUGUCUUACCAUAGCCUGGAUGAGAAUGAGUGGAGGGUAGCCAAGAAAUCGAAAGAUGUCACGGUAUGGAGAAAGUCAUCAGAGGAGUUUCAUGGCUAUCUGUAUAAAGCCCAGGGUAUGGUCGACGAUAACCCCAAUAGAAUAGUGGAUUACAUACGCCCUGGGCCUUAUCGAUUAGACUGGGAUAGUUUGAUGACAGCAAUGGACAUAAUAGAGACCCUUGAUCAGGGCUGUUGUGUGAUGAGGUACACUACUGCAGGCCAGCUGUGGAACAUCAUAGCUCCCAGAGAGUUUAUUGAUUUCUCCUACACCACAGACUACCAGGAUGGACUAUUGUCCUGCGGUAUCAGUGUGGAGCAUGAGGAGCAGCACCAGAGUUAUGUUCGGGGCUUCAACCACCCAUGUGGCUGGUUCUGUGUGCCCACCCCAGACAGCACCACCACCGCAGCCCAGAGCCUCCUGACAGGGUACAUUCAGACAGACCUCCGGGGUAUGAUCCCCCAGUCUGCCGUGGACACAGCCAUGGCCAGCACCCUCAUCAACUUCUACACUGACCUGCGCAGGGCUCUGAAGAAGGCCUAACCAGUACCAGCCCGGUUGCCAGAUUGGUUUAUGCUUUAGCCAACUCUGUCGUAUUUGUUGUUAUACUGAAUGUAUGGGAUGGCAAGGGAAGUAAGAGGGGUUGGCUAAAACACGUUCAAAUCUGGCGACUAGGCUAAACCAGUACAUACUAAUAGCUCUCCUUUUCAAUACACCAGUCGAUUGAUCAGUCAGUCUACACUCCACCCUCAUAGAGGGCUAUAGAGAUCCAACUCCAAUUCACACCAACUCAGGGCAGGAUCCAGUUUAGGUUGAAACAGGGUAGGAGUUAAAGGACGUGGUCUGACCUGGUCUGCUGCUCACUGGACUUUGGAGUUGUGACUUGUUAUUUGUCUGCUCUUUAAAUCAUUAUAUAAUACUGAAAAUUGCUACGAGAUUAAGGUAGUACACAAACACUGAAGCACUUGAUCAAAGUCGGUUUGCCUUUUUUGUUGAUCUUUUUUGCUGAUUUCGGACAAACAUCGAACGUACCCAACAAAAGAAAUCGUUGGGGGUAGAUAGAUAAAAAAUAUAGGUAGACAGACAGCCAAUACAAUCAAUGCAAUGUUGCUUUCAGUUGGAAGUUACAAGUGAAAGUGUUUGCAGGACUAUACAUUGGAAUUUGACUGGUGUGUCAUGCCCUGAUCUGUUUCACCUGUCCUUGUGCUUGUCUCCACCCCCCUCCAGGUGUCACCCAUCUUCCCUAUUAUCCCCUGUGUAUUUAUACCUGUGUUCUCUGUCUGUUUGUUGCCAGUUGGUCUUGUUAGUUCAAGCUUACCAGCGUUUUUCCUGGCAGCGCCUAUCGUUUCCCAGCCUCUCUUUCCUCGUCCUCCUGGUUUUUGACCUUUGCCUGUCCUGACCCUGUACCUGCCCACCUGACCUCUCUGCCUGAUCCUGAGUCCGCCUGCCGUCUUGUACCUUUGCUCCACCUCUGGAUUACUGAACCCUGCCUGCCCCUGACCCUGAGUCCGCCUGCCGUCCUGUACCUUUGCCUUACCCUGGAUCUUCGACCCCUGCCUGCCUUGACCUGUCUUUGCCUGCCCCUUUUGCUACAAUAAACAUUGUUACUUCUACA